AUGGACGACGCAAUGAAUGGAGGUGCUUUCAAGCACCAUAACACGGAGCCUCCGACUGGGAAACUUAUCAUGCCUUUAUUCUCAUUGAAAGGAAAGACAGCAAUAAUUAGUGGAGCCGGAGCUGGUAUUGGACUUGCUGUGGCACGUGGAUACGCUGAGGCGGGGGCGAAUGUUGUUAUUUGGUAUCACAGUAACAAGAAGGCUCUUGAGCGCGCAAAGGAAAUUGAAAAGGAGUUUGGCGUCAUGUGUCGGGCAUAUCAAGUCGAUGUCAGAGAUGCGAAAGCGGUUGACGAAACCAUCGUGUCUCAAGUCAAGGAGUUCAACAACCGUUUGGAUAUUUUUGUUGCCAAUGCUGGCAUUCCAUGGACACAAGGCCCUAUGAUUGGUGGCCAACUGGAGCAUUAUCAGAACGUUAUGAAAAUUGAUAUCGACGGAGUCUUUUAUUGUGCACGAACAGUAGGACGAAUCUGGCGAGAACAGAAGAAGAACAAGCUGGAAGGCUUCACCUAUGGCAAAUUUAUUGCGACUGCCAGCAUGAGCGGUCAUAUUGCCAACAUUCCUCAAUUGCAGACAGCGUACAAUUCCGCCAAAGCUGCCGUGAAACAUAUGUGUCAGUGUUUGGCUAUCGAAUGGGUGCAAUUUGCCCGCGCCAACAGUAUUAGUCCGGGCUACAUAGCCACCGAGAUCAGCAACUUCAUCCCUCCAGAGACGAAAAGUAUUUGGCGAGAUAAGAUUCCCAUGGGUCGAGAAGGGGAGCCCAUCGAAUUGGUUGGCGCAUAUUUGUAUCUCGCUAGCGAUGCCAGUUCAUACACGACCGGAACCGACAUUAUUGUUGAUGGAGGUUAUUGUGCUCCGUGA